CCGCCUUCCAGAAUCCACCGCUCUGAGGCUCUCCCCACCAAUAUAAACCAACCCCUCCUGCCUCGUCACUCGACACACCAAGAAUCACACAAGCGCAAGAGCAAUCCACAGAUCAGGGAACCAAGCAGCCCAGAGCGAUUCAGUCAAGAGGAGAGACCGAGAGAGCGACAUGGAUGCGAGGAUGUUCGGGCUGGAGACUCCCCUGAUGGCGGCGCUGCAGCACCUGCUGGACGUUCCGGACGGCGAGGCCGGCGCGGGCGGCGACAAGGCCGGCGCGGCGGCGAGCGGCCCCACGCGCACCUACGUCCGCGACGCGCGCGCCAUGGCGGCGACCCCGGCCGACGUCAAGGAGCUUCCCGGGGCCUACUCGUUCGUGGUGGACAUGCCGGGGCUGGGCACGGGCGACAUCAAGGUGCACGUGGAGGACGAGCGGGUGCUGGUGAUCAGCGGCGAGCGGCGCAGGGAGGAGCGCGAGGACGCCAAGUACCUGCGCAUGGAGCGGCGGAUGGGCAAGUUCAUGCGCAAGUUCGUGCUGCCGGACAACGCAGACAUGGACAAGAUCUCCGCCGUGUGCAAGGAUGGCGUGCUCACGGUGAACGUAGAGAAGCUGCCGCCGCCGGAGCCCAAGAAGCCCAAGACCAUCGAGGUCAAGGUCGCCUGAACGGAUGA